UAACUCGAUUCUCAGGAAUAGAAAGUGAAACUUAAGUCAAAUCCCUGGCUCUAUGUUAAUAACUAUUCACGAGACAUUGUAAGAGAAGCCUUCAAACAUCCUGCUGUGCAGAGCAUCAAACAAAACAUGUCUGAGGAGGAACUUCAGAAACUGGAGUGCCACUUUACUUGGGACUUACAGAAGGAGGAUGCUGAUCUUAAUUACCUGGAGAUCAAAUUCACUGAGAGUCUUUCAAUCCUAACUGAUCAUGGAAGGAAAUUCAGACAGAGGGAGUUAAAUUUUUGUGCUUAUAUUUAUCACUUGCAGGGCUUCGAUGACAAGGCUCGGGAAUGUUUAGAAAAAGCAAAGGAAGUGCGGAAUGAUAAUUCCUACAAUAUUGUCACAUAUGGAAAUUUGGCCUGGUUGCACCAUCACAUGGCUGAUGAUACCAUGGCCAACGUGUAUUUGGAGAAAUUGGCACAAAUCUCUGGAGCAUUUCCUGCUCCAGAAAAAGAGUUGCUCCAUGAGGUCCUGAGUGAAAAAGCAUGGUCUUUUCUCAGUUUCAACAAAAAGCAUUAUAUCAAGGCAAAAGAGAUCUUUCAUGAGGCUCUACAGAAAGAACCAGAAGACAAAGAGUGGAACACUGGCUAUGCCUUUGCUCUGUUUCACCUUGAGGGCUUGGAGAUCAGAGAGGACAGGCGUGUACCUUUUGAAGAGUCGCCUGCGGUGAAACAGCUAAAGAGAGCCCUAAAGCUGGAUCCAGACAAUGCCAUGAUCCAUGUCUUCAUGGGUCUCAAGUGCUACAAGAACAAGAGAAAUGCAGAGGCAUGGGAACACAUGAAGCACGCAAUAGACAUGGCUCCAUAUGACCUGAGUGUUGUCCUGAGUGUUGCUAAAUUCAUGAAGAAGGAACAAUGCUAUGACAUGGCUCUUGGUGUGCUGAAGAAAAUGUUGGAGAAAGCACCAGACUCCUCACGUUUGCAUCAUGAAAUUGCCAAUAAUUAUCGCUGGAAAGCCAUGCAGAUGGGAGACACGCAUAACCCAGUGCUCCUAAGCCAUUGUAUACACCAUUUAGAAGAGGGAGCCCGUUUAAAUCCACAUUUUGUCUACCCACAGAUUGAGUUAGCACUCAGGUAUUCUGAAGUUGGUAACUAUGCUAAAGCAAAACAAAAGUUUCAAGAGUUGUUUGCACGCCCAAACCUGCAGCCAGCAGAUCUCCAGGCUUGGCAUCGCAUAUAUGGAGACUUUAAUAUGUAUCGUCUGGGCUCAGAGGCAACGGCAGUUAAGCAUUACAAAGAGGGCAUGGCACUGCAAAAAGUAUCCACUGAAUGGAGGAUCUGCAAAAACAGGCUCCAAAAAGUCAUUUCCAAUACUAGAAAGGAUGUGUACCAGAUUCGAGAGUUCAUGAAUUCUUUAAGAGAAAAUUCUCUGCAUAAUGAAAAAUAGAUUUUCUUUGUCCAGAAGACGAGAUGUAACUUUUUAUUAAAUCACAUCGAAAUUUCAGUAAUCAUUCAUUCAUUCAUUCAUUCAUUCAUCUUCUACCGCUUAUCCGAACUACCUCGGGUCACGGGGAGCCUGUGCCUAUCUCAGGCGUCAUCGGGCAUCAAGGCAGGAUACACACUGGACGGAGUGCCAACCCAUCGCAGGGCACACACACACACACACACUCAUUCACUCACUCACGCAAUCACACACUAGGGACAAUUUUCCAGAGAUGCCAAUCAACCUACCAUGCAUGUCUUUGGACCGGGGGAGGAAACCGGAGUACCCGGAGGAAACCCCCGAGGCACGGGGAGAACAUGCAAACUCCACACACACAAGGUGGAGGCGGGAAUCGAACCCCGACCCUGGAGGUGUGAGGCGAACGUGCUAAACACUAAGCCACCGUGCCCCCCAUUUCAGUAAUCAUGAUUGAUUAUAUAUUCCUACAAGUUCACUGAUUAACAUAUGAUCAUGAAGUUGAAUCUAAUCUAAUAUAAUAUAAUCAUAGCAAACUCCAUCCAGGGUGUAUCCUGCCUUGAUGCCCGAUGACGCCUGAGAUAGGCACAGGCUCCCCGUGACCCGAGGUAGUUCGGAUAAGCAGUAGAAGAUGAAUGAAUAAUCAUAGCAAGAUUUUCUUACUUACUAUUAUCAAGAGAUGGAUAGCAAAUUGAAAACCAGGGCUCUGUUAUUUUGUGAAGGGAUUUUGCUGUAAUGUUUUGUUCCGUUAGACAAACGUGUCAUUACAGUACAAUUCAGUACAAUCAGGAAAAGUUACUCUGACUGACUGCUUUUACUCUCUGAUGAAACAUUUCCUUCAAACACCAAAAUCCCCAGGACUCACUGAAUGGAUCCAUGAGUAUAAUCAACCCAUCUGAACAUCUACUGUGUACAUGAUUUUAGACUGACACUCUCCUCCACGGUCAUUAAGACACCUUCACUGGAAUGGCGUUCAUCUCUACAAUACAGCACUAUUUGUAGAAUCUGGGCCAAGGUGUGCUGAAGCUGUUCUAGCAAUAAACAUAUGUUGGUUAUGUUGUUUCAUCCUAAAUAUGUGCAUAUAGUAUAUUGGUAUUCUCUUACAUAUUGCACAAGAAUAUGUAGAUCUAAAGAUCUUUCUCAUAGAUCAUAAAUCUAAACUUUAUGAUCUGUUACUAAAUAAUGCACCACCAGAAGAGCUAUUUUAUAAUUGAAUCUCAUGUCAUCCAAACUCCAAUAAUCCCAAUUUUACAGGUACUUAGAUCUUUUCUUCUUGCCUUCAAGACCAGAAACUACGGUCAGUUUGGCUUCAAUGUAUUUUUAUACAUGCCACAGGGCACAGGAGGUUGUGGAAGCACCUGUGUUCCAUUUAACAGUCGUUCCAUUUAGUUUUUCCCUUUAAGCAUAUACAGUAUAUAUAUAUAUAUAUAAACAGGAUUUAGUUUGGGUUUUAGAUAAUAAACUCUAAUCUCAUCUAAUCCUUUACACAGCAAGGAAGAAGGUUUACUAUCUAUCUUAUCUAUAUGCUUCAGAUAACUUGCUGUUACAUGGUGUGUGUGUGUGUGUGUGUGUGUGAAUGCCAUUCAAUUUCUUUCUCUUUGUUCAGCAUCACCGAAACUACAAAUAGAGCAGGAUUUUGAUCAAUAAAAUGUGUAUAUUAUAGAUUAAAACAGAGGUUUCCAG